AUGUCUGAAGGAUGUCUUAUUCCAGACAUCUACUGUGACUCAUCUGCCCAAAAAGGCCUCUCUUUGCUAGGGUACCAUCUGUGCAACUACACCCUGACCAGAAGUGUGUUUAAAAUGGUUGCCUACCAAAAGUCCUAUGAGAAGAACACAUCCUGUGGAGGGUGGAUCCCGUGGAUGGUGUGUCCCCAGACCCGCUACAGAACAGAGUUUCACACUGUUGAAGUCCCUGAAACCAUCACUCUCACAGAUUGCUGUGAAGGAUAUGAACAAGUUGGACUCUACUGCUCUCUAGGGCUGAAAAAAUGCUGCAGCUCAUCCAAAGGAGCAGGCUGUGUGGAUCCCAUGCCAGAGGGGAGGAUGUUCUGGUACAACGUGACAGUGCUGGUGAAAAUGGAUUUUAAUGAAUUAACCCGGGUGGAUUCCCACCUUCUGAAUCAUUCCCGCCUUUUGCACUCCAUGGUCACUGGUGCACUGCAGCCCCUGAAUGCCUCUGUGCACCACAUCCAGAGCAACCCUGGGGACAUCUACGCUGGGACAGUGACCUCCCAGCUUCUCGUGGGCACGCAGCACCCAGCUCCUCUGGCAGAGGUUUCCUCCUCCCUGAAGGCCAUGGUGAAGCGUGUGUAUGAAGUGAUUGACACACAAGUGCAAGAUGUCAAUGAAUGCUCCUAUGCUGAAUUCAAUGCCUGCCCUGAGAAAAGCAGCUGUGUGAACCUGGAGGGUUAUUACAGCUGCCACCAUCAGCUUGAACAUGCCACUGGCAUCCCUCACUGGCUGAGCCCAAGGAAGGAAGAUCCCUCUGCAGUUACAAACCAUCGAAUCCUCAGUGUUACCAGCAACAGCUUUGAAAUGUCCUGGCUUGUCAGUUCUACUCUGAACCACACUUUCCAAGUCCGGGUGGCCAAGGGCAAUGAAACUGUGCAAAACCUCAAGACAGAGGAAAUGCAAAUGGAUGUGUCUCACCUGGAAGCAGGUGUGAUGUAUUCAGUAGAGAUCAGCUAUGAAACUUGUGGAAAAACCAUGAUCUCCCGUCAAAAUGUUAAAACAGAGGCCAAGAUAUUUGCUGUUACUAUGAGGAUUCUCAACUACAACUUCACUGAUGAUUUCCAUAAUUCCAGCAGCUUAGCAUAUGAGGAAUUUUCAAGGCUGUUGCUUACAGAGCUUGAAAAUUCAUUUCCACCCAACAUUUCUGCCUUGUACAAAUCUGGGAAGCUGAAAGUGCAGAUUGAAUCCCUGGCAGCAGGAAGCCUCAUUGUGAGGCUCAGAAUCACCGUGCAGGAUCCCAAGUUUCCAGUGGAUGCAUCCACAUUUGCCCCAGUGCUUUCCUCCCUGCACAAUGGCUCUGUGCUUGUGGUGGAUCAGCAAAACACUGCAGUGAAAGACUGGGAUGAAUGUGCUUCCCAAGCUGAGAAUGACUGCUCUGUGUUGGCAGAAUGUAUCAAUUUGAUGGGCUCCUACAUGUGCAGGUGCAAGACAACCAUGGAUACCAAUCCAUCCCGACCUGGAAGAAACUGUGAGGGUGAGGUUGUGGCUCCUCUCACUGAAAUGAGAACCAGCACAGACUUGCCUCCUGAAGAAGGCAGAAGCCCUGCAGGCCCUGCUCCCACAGCCACGAGCCUCACGUCGAGCGCCGCCACGCUCGUCCCUGCUGCGCCGGCCCUGGGGGACAAACUGGCGUCCCACAGGGCCACCAGCGCUCCUCCAACCCCUCGGCACAAAGGUCUGGCCCCACAGACGGGUCUGGCCCCACAGACGAAUCUGGCCCCACAGACGGGUCUGGCCCCACAGAUUAGCCUGGCCCCACAGAUGGAUCUGGCCCCACAGACGGAUCCGGCCCCACAGAUUAGCAUGGCCCCACAGACGGGUCUGGCCCCACAGACUAGCCUGGCCCCACAGACUAGCCUGGCCCCACGGAUUAGCCUGGCCCCACAGACGGGUCUGGCCCCACAGACAAGCCUGGCCCCACAGACGGGUCUGGCCCCACAGACGGGUCUGGCCCCACAGACAAGCCUGGCCCCACAGACGAAUCUGGCCCCACAGAUGGAUCUGGCCCCACAGACGGGUCUGGCCCCACAGACGGGUCUGGCCCCACAGAUGGAUCUGGCCCCACGGACUACUAGCCUGGCUCCACAGACUAGCCUGGCCCCACGGACUAGCCUGGCCCCACAGAUUAGCCUGGCCCCACAGACAAGUCUGGCCCCACAGACGGAUCCAGCCCCACAGACGGGUCCGGCCCCACAGAUGGGUCUGGCUCCACAGACGGGUCUGGCCCCACAGACAAGCCUGGCCCCACAGACAAGCCUGGCCCCACAGAUGGGUUCCAGCAGGGCCAGCAGCCCCGUGGCCGUGGGGGUGACCCCCAGCAGGGCGCUGGCCGUGGGCACGGUGGCCACGAGCCCACACUUGGUGGCCAAAGCCGCUGUCCCAAACGCAGCCGUGGGCGCAGCUGGGCAGGAGCAGCUCGGCUCCCUGUGGCUCUUUCCAAAUCAAGCAGCCUCAGGACAAGCCAUGUCAAAAAGCAAGCCCAAAUCCUUUGAUCUGACUGUUGGUGCCUUCCAGAAACUCAGUGGCACAGUUCGGAUAACAAACAUGGAAUACUCUCCAGGAUUUAGCAAUAACAGCAGUGAGGAAAAUCAAACCUUUGCACAGCUCUUUGUUGAUGAAGUGCAGAAAUCUCUGCCCCUUGAGGUGCUCCAGCAGAUGGAUGCUGGUCUGAUUAAAGUGCUGGUAACGGGUGUUACUAAUGGGAGCACAGUGGUAAGUUUCAAUUUGCUGCUUGCAGAAGAAGUGGAUGUCCACCAUGUCAUCACCACUUUUUGUGAGGCUUUGGGAAACAGCUCCUACUUCACCAUCAACAGGAGCAGCCUCUCCAUACAGGCACUUCCCUUCAUCCAGAAGGCAACAGUGACAGAUAGGAAACCUGUGAACAGCACAAUUUUACCUGUGGCAUCUCUGCAAACUUCAGCUCAUGUUUCCUCCCCUGCUUCACUGGACCUCUCUCCUGCUGAGCACAAAGCUCUGGAGGACACCACGUUCUCCAGCAUGGUGCUGACUCCUCUCACCACGGAUCCCAUGGCAACUCCUGAUGUUCCUCCUCGAGCAUCUCCAGCCCCCCUUGUCAAACCCACCCAAGAGGUUUCCAUUAAAAACGCUGUGAGUGUGCUUUGUGAGAGUGAGAGGAUUGUCCUUGCCAUCCAGAAGAGAUUCUUGCAGCAGGAGUCUAUCCCAGAGAGUUCCCUGUUCCUGGGGGAGCCUGGCUGCAACGUGAGCACCAGCAAUGGCACCCACAUUGUGCUGCAGGCGGGCUGGAGCGACUGUGGCACCCAAGUUGAGACCAACAUGACUACUACUGUGGUGAGAACCACCCUUCGGAAUGAUGUUUCUGCUCAGGGAAUAAUCCACCACUUGAACGUUGCCAGUCCCAUCCACUGUGUGUUUCAAAACAAUGUCUUGACUUCCUCUGGGUACACUGCAGAAGGACUUUACACCAUCUUUGAGGAUUUGCAUGGAUCUGGAUACUUCAGAACAGAAAUGCAGUUGUUUAUUGGAAACUCCCCCGUCCCCAAAAACUUCAGCGUCUCUGCCAGUGAGGAUGUGCUGAUCGAAGUGGGGAUGCAGAGGGCAGACAGCCAGCUCAAGGUGGUUCUCACUGACUGCUGGGCCACUCCAACCAAUAAUUCAAUGGAUCCCCUGUCAUUUGUUUUUAUCAGCAACAGCUGUCCCAUCCCAAAUACUUACACCACACUGCUGGAAAAUGGGAAUUCGAGCAAAGCUCAGUUUAAGAUGAAAAUUUUUUCCUUUGUCAACAACUCUGUGGUUUACUUACACUGCAGAAUUCGUAUUUGUAUGGAGUCACCAGGAAGCACCUGCAGGACUAGAUGCCAUGCAAGGGCUCGACUGCUGAAGGCUGGAGACACCAUCGCCCUGCACAGAACAUCCUGGGGACCCCUGUGUAAAUCAGCUGGUGAGCCUAGAGAUAAGCUGGCUGGAAUGGGAAUUGGAUACAUCAUCCUCAUAGCCCUUGCUGUGUUUGGUUUUGUGCUGGGAGUUGUGACCCUUCUCAUCUUCCAGUACCAGAGAAAGACAGGAAGAUACAACCUCAGGAUCAAGUCUGACAACUUCAGCUACCAAGUGUUCUAUGAUUAGUGAUUCACAGGUUACCACAUGUAAGUACUCAGUUAUGAUCAGUUGCAUUUUUCAGCUGUUUAUCUUUUCUUGAAAUUGUGAAAUAUUUGUAGACAACCAUCUUUUAUAUGAGAAUAUUUGAACUUGCUGUCCU